UGAUAAUUUCUUGCUCGUUUUCAGCAGCUAGGGAAGCAAUGCCUCUCCCCCCGGCUCUUCUAGCCCGCCUGUCGAAGAGAGGGAUUCUCAAACACACGGAAAACGAUGUCGAUGAGGAGGUGAUAGCUGAAGACUACGAUGACAACAAUGUGGAUUACGAAGCCACUCAGCUGGAGAACCUGCCACCAAACUGGUACAAAGUGUUCGACCCUGACUGCGGGCUGCCGUACUACUGGAACAUAGAGACCGACGUUGUCUCCUGGCUCUCUCCAAAUGACCCCAGCGUCAUCGUCGCACGAGGGCCCAAGAAGAUGGAAGAGGUGGAGGAGAGGGCUGAGCGCUUCGAGAAGUCGGACCGGGACGAGCUGAGAGAAAAGAGGCACUAUCGGCGAGAGGAGAUCGCCCCCUACCAGAAAACAAAGAGAGGCCGAGACAGAGUAGACGAGGAGAUGGACCCCAUGGAUCCCAGCGCGUAUUCGGACGCCCCGCGGGGGUCGUGGGCCACUGGGCUCCCCAAACGCAACGAGGCGAAGACGGGAGCAGACACCACCGCGGCCGGGCCCCUGUUCCAGCAGAGACCCUACCCCAGCCCUGGGGCUGUGCUGAGGGCCAACGCAGAAGCUACAAGGGCCAAGGAGUUGAAAUAGAGGGAGGCAGAGAGCCAGGAGUGAAUAGCGACUAGCCGUGCAGAGCAGGGCUGGAAUUAGACUCCCAGUUGCACAGCAGCGUCUGUCCAGGAUUCACUAGCAGCUUGAUCAGCCCCCAGUGUGUCUAGGCAACAAGCUCAGGUGUGUCUGAUUAUUAAACUCCUAGUGAAACCAGGACCGGAUCACACUGCUGCACAGCGGGAGUCUUUAUUUGCAGCCCUGCAGGGAGAUGCCACAGCUGUCCUUGUAAUUACCAAACUUUUUUUUUUUUUUGUGUUGCUUUGUGUGUAAAAUACAGUGUAUCAAAUACAAUUUUUCAAAUAGU